CUUCGAGGAGUCAGUGCCGAACAGGAUGGGCGAUUCAAGUCGACCGAGAAGAAGCUGCUUGCAAGAAUGAAGUUCCCGCCUGAGUUUGCGACCAAAGUUGACAUGCGCAAGGUCAAUCUGGACAUCUUGAGGCCUUGGGUGGCCAAGAAGGUCACUCAGUUUGUUGGUCUAGAAGAUGACAUCAUCACGAACAUGGUUCGUCUUCCUACCCUCCUUAAAGAGCACGAUCCGGAUCCGAGGAAGAUUCAAAUCAACCUGACAGGUUUCCUGGAGAGAAAUACACCUCUCUUCAUGUCCGAGCUAUGGAAACUCCUCAUAUCUGCGCAGCAGAACUACAGGGCAAGUGUCUUGCUGCUCCCAGAGGAGGCAACAGCGAGAGGAGAAGGAAGAGGGAGGGAGGGACGAGGAAGAGAGGAGAAGGAGGAAGAGAGGAGGAGGAGGAGGAGGAGGAGGAGGAGGAGG